AUGGUUGUCAUCAACUCCCCAGAGCCUUCUGAAGCCCGACGUUUGGGUGAGAUUUACGUCUCAUCAAUGGCCGAGAACCCCGUUGUCAUUGUUCAGUUUCCCACACCCGAACGCCGACAAGAAUUGCAAGCCUACUUUACAAUCUCUAUCGAGCAUGCCAUACAAAAGAGGCCUGACAGGACGUUGGUUGCGAGAAACGACGAUGGUCGGAUUCUGAGUUUCAUCCAUUGGGAUGUGAUUCACCCCCAUACCGCCGAUGAAGAGGUCGAAGAGUUAAACACCCAGCCAAAGCCUGAUCCUGCUGCCGGCGAUAGUGUUUCUUUUGACAGCGAGACUCUUAGCUGGCAAUCGAAUUACCUUGCUAUCGCGGAGGAUGCCCGGGUCAAGAGCAUGGGUCAACGGCGGUACAUCCAUCUCGUCUAUGUCUCCACGGAUCCCAAUCACCAAGGGCAUGGAGCUGCUAGUAAACUUAUGAGCCGUUUGAUGGAAGUUGCUGUAUCCGAGAGGCUACCCAUCUGGCUUGAGAGCACAAUGAAUGCAGUGCCAUUUUACGAGAAGAAGGGUUGGAAGAGAGUGUGCAAGAUCUGUACACCGGCUCCAAGAAAUGUUGGGGAAUCACAUGAGGAUGUAUACGAAGAACAAGUAUAUGACGCCAAGUGA